AUGGAGAUAUGCCUGAAGAUAGAGGCAGCCAAUGGCUCCAUCGAUGGCUUGAAUUUCAACCCCAUGAAGGAGUACAUGAUCCUGAGCGGUCCCCAAAAGAUCGCUAUUGCAGUGCUGUGCACCCUCCUGGGCCUGCUGAGUGCCCUGGAGAACCUGGUUGUUCUCUACCUCAUCGUGUCCUCACACCGGCUCCGCAAGAAGCCCUCCUACCUGUUCAUUGGCAGCUUGGCUGGGGCCGAUUUUCUGGCCAGUGUGGUCUUUGCCUCCAGCUUUAUACAUUUCCAUGUCUUCGAUGGCGUGGAUUCCAAAGCUGUCUUCCUGCUGAAGAUCGGCAGCGUGACUCUGACCUUCACGGCCUCCCUAGGCAGCCUGCUGCUGACUGCCAUCGAUCGCUACCUCUGUCUGCGCUACCCGCCUACCUACAAAGCUCUACUCACCCGUAGGAGGGCACUGGUGACCCUGGGCAUCAUGUGGGUGCUCGCCGCACUGGUGUCCUACCUGCCCCUCAUGGGAUGGACCUGCUGUCCCAGGCCCUGCUCUGAGCUUUUCCCCCUGAUCCCCAAUGACUAUCUGCUGAGCUGGCUCCUGUUCAUUGCCGUCCUCUUCUCAGGCAUCAUCUACACCUACACGCAUGUCCUGUGGAAGGCCCAUCAGCACGUAGCCAGCUUGGCUGAGCACCGGGACAGACACCUGUCUGGAAUGGCCCGGAUGAGGUUGGAUGUGCGGUUGGCCAAGACCCUGGGGAUGCUCCUGGCUGUGCUGUUCAUAUUCUGGUUCCCAGUACUGGCCCUCAUGGUCUACAGCCUGGCUGCCAGGCUAAGCGAACAGGUCAAGAAGGUGUUUGCCUUCUGCUCCUUGCUCUGCCUGGUCAACUCCAUGGUCAACCCCAUUAUCUAUGCCCUGCGGAGUGGGGAGAUCCGGUCCUCUGCCCACCACCGUCUGGCCCACUGGAAGAAGUGCGUGAGGGGCCUUGGGCCAGAAGGAAAAGGAGAGAUCCCCAGGUCCUCAGUCACUGAGACAGAGGCUGAUGUGAAAACCACCCCGGGGCUAGAUUCCAGAGAGCUAUCCUGGCCUGAUGAGCUUUGA